UCUAGACCAUAAAUAAGAAGCAGGCCACAGCCUCACCCAAUCUCAUCCUAGAACCCCUCACAACCCAUCAGGGCUAGCUGUGUGCUUCCCGGCCCAUCACACCCACCCAAGCCUCGGCCUCUCACCGACUGCUGCACACACAUCCAGAGACUCGCUCACUCUCACACACUUGCUGUCAGCCUGCCUCAGUUCACCCUCCAUGGCGCCUGGUGUAACCCCACUACUGGUCUUCAGCCUGCUGUUUCUUUGGACCUCCCCAGCCCCAGUGCUGGGUGGUGCUAAUGAUGCAGAAGACUGCUGCCUGUCUGUGACCCAGCGCCCCAUUCCUGGGAACAUCGUGAGAGCCUUUCGCUAUCUUCUCAUCAAAGAUGGCUGCAGGGUGCCUGCUGUUGUGUUCACCACACUGAGGGGUUACCAGCUCUGUGCACCCCCAGACCAGCCCUGGGUGGAACGCAUCAUCCGGAGACUGAAGAGGUUCUCUGCCAAGAGCAAGCGCCACAGCAGUUAGUUCUAGACAGCUCCAGAGGGAGCCCUGUGUCUCACUGGAAGGAUGUGAAUCACCCUGGCCUGGAGAACUAAGACCAGAAGAGAGGAUCAAACCUCCUGCUGCUUCAUACCAGACCUGACCCAGCCAGAGUAGGCCUGGAGUGUCAACAUGAGUGGGGGUGGGAGGGUGAAUGUGGCAACUGCUCAGCCUCCCUAUGUCCAGACUGUAGUGCUUCCAAUAAAGCCACCUGGCACUCAUAGA